CUUACGCAUCUUUUUGUGUUUUGUGUAUUGUGUUUGUGAAUUAACCCACGUUCUGUUUGCUUAGCGUUGAGUUGAGUUAAAAUUCCUCCGCUUAAGCCUUUAUGUCGUUUUCACUAGUGCGAAAUUACGCUCUGUAUUUCUGUUUUAAACAUUCCGCGAAAAGACGCUUUUUAGAUUUUACUAAUUUUAGUUUAGUUCUUUUUUUUGGCGACUUGGACGCUUGUUUUUAAAAGUAUAGUGUAGUUGUAUGUAUAAUUCCACAAAAUGCGUUGUGUACUUGGUUGCGUUCGGAAUGAAGGAUCUUCACUUCAUCGUUUUCCUAACUUUACAAAAUUUCCUGAGCAAUUUAAAGCUUGGGUGUUUAUUGUGGGAGGGAAAUUAGAAAGACCUGAAGAUCAUUUAAAGUACAAGAACAAAAGAGUAUGUGACAUCCAUUUCACCAGCAAAGACCGAAACAGAAACAAUCGCUUAUCAGCUCUAGCCGUGCCUUCCCUGCAUCUACCAACGUGGUGUAAUAAAUUUGAUGAAAAUUUAUUGGCAUCUCAAUUAACAGUUCAAACAACGAGCAACCAGAUAGAAAAAGGUAUUUAUUUAAAUGAAAUCAUAAAAGAUGUUUCAAGAAUAAUAAUAAAUUUAAUUAGAAUUGAAAUUUCUUAUAUUGAAAGAUACCUCCAUCUCUCAAUCUCUCUCUCUCAUCAUUAAUAUUUUCUCAGAGGGCUAGUACACAGAUCUUGCUCGAAAUUAAAAGAAAAAUAAUAAUAAU